AUCGGCUUUUGAAAAUGCGAUCCGGCUGAGCUCCCGUGCACGCGCCCGGUGGUUUUUGUUCACGUGCAGCCCGCUGGUCGAGCCCGCAGCUUACUGGCAGUUUUCCUGCGGCCCCGUGUGUUCGUGUCUGCGGCAGCAACCGUCACUGCGACGUUCACUGCAUUGAGCACGAGAGACACGCAACGAAAAAGUCGCCACAAGACGCAGCCAUCGUUCAGUGGACCGGCACACCAUGUCGACCAGUUCCUUCGCGGGCAGCGCAGCCUGACUUUCGUAGAACUGGCAAGGUGCUUUGUCUGUAGCUACCACUGAAGCGUCGACAAUGGCACCGCUGCAGAACCGCAAGCGGCGUUCCACCGAGACAGCGUCGUCAGCACCGAAACGCCGCCGCUCUGGCAACAACCCGCCAUCGCCCGGGGCACGCGUAAACGUGGCCGUGAGGGUGCGCCCACUCAGCGAGCGCGAGUCCGAGACGUCAAGCAUCGUCCGCGUGGUGGACAACAGGUGCCUCGUCUUCGAUCCCAAGGCCGAAGCCGAACCCUUCUACUUUCAAGGGCAGCGGGCGUGCGGGGGCCUCGUCAAGCCGAACAAGGACCAGACGUUCAUGUUUGAUCAGGUAUUCGAUGAAGAUAAGGACAAUGAGUUUGUCUUUGAGCACACAACCAAGGAGAUGCUCACGACGCUUCUUGAUGGCUGCAACUGUUCCGUGUUUGCGUAUGGCGCAACCGGUGCCGGCAAAACGUUCACAAUGCUGGGCUCCGAGGAGUGUCCCGGUGUCGUCUCCCUGACUGCCAGCGAGCUGUACCGGCGCGUGGACAAGCUGCGCUCCGAGGGCCAGUCGUGCGACGUGGCGGUCGCCUACCUGGAAGUCUACAACGAGGUCGUGCGCGACCUACUGUGCCCCAAUGGACCAUCGCUGGUCGUGCGCGACGACCCGGCCAAGGGCAUCGCCAUUUCCAACCUUUCGAUACACAAGGUGAAGGAGUCGGGGGCACUGUUCGAGUUGCUCCUGAAAGGCAACAGGAACAGGACUCAGCACGCCACCGAUGCUAACUCGGAGUCGUCACGGUCCCAUGCAAUCUUUCAGGUUUACGUCACGCAGACGGAGAACGUGACCAGCACGAGCAAGGGGAUCCGCGUCUCCAAGAUGAGCUUUGUCGAUCUUGCCGGCUCGGAGCGUGCCGCUGCCGUGAAUAAAAACGUCAAAGACCGGAUACGCGAGGGCACCAAGAUUAACCUGUCGCUGCUGGCCCUGGGCAACUGCAUUGAUGCCCUCUCCAAGGGUGGGACUCAGCGAGUUCCGUACCGGGGGUCCAAGCUGACCCACAUCCUGAAAGACUCUCUGGGUGGUACGUGUCGAACCCUCAUGAUUGCAGCCGUGUCGCCGUCCAAGCUCAGUUACACUGACACCCACAACACUCUUAAGUACGCCGAGCGGGCCAUGAAGAUUGAGCUGCAGGCCAAGAAAAACGUCCUCAACGUCAACGUCCACAUGUCGAUGUACAGCUCGCUCAUAGAGGAGUACAAGCAAAAGGUGGAAGGCCUCCAGCGCACGCUCGACAAGGUUGAAAACGAGAAGUCCGAGCUCAAAGCUGAGGUGGUAGAGCUCAAAGCCGAGGUGGUCGAGCUCAAACAGAACCUCGCGAUGGCCCAGCAAAAUGCCCAGCCGCGAGUGCAACAAACAGACACCGGCAGCAUCGUCACAGCUUCAGGUAACGACGCCCUAUCGACUACGCCGGUCCUGUCUUUGAGCGUCGAGGCGAACGGACCCAGCGACGACAGCAGGGCGGCCUACUUCCUCGACGCGGCGAGAAAGAUCUAUGGUGUCCGGGCCAAGCUCAUUAGGCAGAUCUGGGAAAACGAGACCAUCAUUCGCACCAGCGUGGUGAAGGAGAACUGGAAGCAGCAGAUGGCGAAGACUGUCAAGGUGCUCCAGGGCUGCAAUGAAGACACCCUGAAGGAGUCCGAGCGUCUGGAUCACUUCCUGCAAACCCAAGCAGCCAAACGUCUUGCUGCAAAAGAAAAGCUGGAGGCUCUUCACAACGAGCGAAGGCGAAACUUCGAGUGCAGCAAAGACCUCCUGGACGAGGCUUCCUGCUGCCGGUUGCUUGGAGCAAGUUCCGCAGCGCUCACAAGUUUGGAAAAAAAGCGCAAGAAAUCAACGGCAAAAAAAGAUAAUGACGCGGGUAUAUCCGACGCGCACCAAGUACAGCGCACCUAUACGGAACGCAAUCCGUCGGAUGAAACGCCGACAUAUCCGCCUGUUUCCCCGGCCUCCUCGGACGACGUUGGCGAUAGGCAGCACAUAAGGAAAGACACAACCUUUUUGACGAGCGCCGAUCGUGCGCAACAGCAGAAAGCUGUGGAAGCGGAGAUAGCCGAGCUGGAGCUGGUGGUCGAGCGAACGGAGAUGCAGGGUCAGCGACAGAUGUUUGCCGAGCUCGCCGAACUUCUGUGUCAGAAGUGCAGCCACUGGGAGGACCUGAACAGCGUCGCAGUUCCCCACUUGCGCAGCCUCUACGUCAUCCUGGAGGCCCGGAACUGCUGCAGCUCGGACCAACGGGAUGCCCACGGAGCCGUUGUGAAAAAGGCGAAGGGUCCCGGUGUCACGUGGGCGGAUGAACAAAAUGAAGGGGCAAACGGUCAGCUGGAUCUCGCAAGUCUGCUCCACGCUCCUGAUUGGCGGCUGGCCACCACAGUGCGAAGGAAGUCUGUUGCUCUGCCGUCCAUUAAACUCGACGACUCCUUUGAAGGCUGCACAGGUGACGUGACGUUCGUCCGGUUUCCAAACGGAUCCCCGCACCCACGCCGCCACAGGCGUAGCAGGAGCACGGACGUCGCCAGCACAUCGGCGAGUCCAUCGUGGAGCUCGAUGCAGUCGAAUGCGGCGAAUGAGACGUUCGUCAGCGACACUCCCAAGCUGCGAAUGUUCGAGCCAAUCUCGUCUCCGCAGGCGUCCACGUCGAAGGCCGCACCGCAAUCACGGAAGUUUGCAAAGUACCGCCCAUCUAUUGGGCACAAAGAGAACUCGGCACCGCGAUCCAUCUUUGUGGCACCAGGCAGCAUAAGAAGCGGUGCUCAGUCCGUGAGAAGAACAAUGCGGAAAAGCAUGAGCACCUCGAGUCUGCCACAGUCGAUAUCAGCAGCGACUCCAACUUCCCGGACUGCUUUCCUGGUGGCAAACCGGCCCCAGCAGCCGGCCAAUCGGUUUCGCCUGCACCAAACGAACAGGCGCAACCCAUGAAGAAUGCGCCUGGGCGUUUGGUUGACGAGCCGGUUGCCGCUCCCGUGUGGCAUGGCCUGCACUGUGGAAGCGGUCGGAACUGUGACAUUUUUUAAAACGCUUUUUGGUGCCCUGACGCUUGGAAAUAUUCAGCUGAAAACGCAGUGAAGGUGUUCAGAGAAGCCGGAACGUCUUUCCACUGACGACCACUGCUAGUGUCGCGACACACGUCUUCAAAGACUAGCGACCUUUCUGAGGCUUUGAAAAGGGACACUUCUGUGCCGUCUGCGCUUGAGUUUUAACGUGCUUGUGGCGACAGACUGGUCCGGUCUCCAGUCUCCCCCCCCCUUUUUUUUUUUUUUUUCCAGGUGCUGUGUUAUUGUGGGCAGCACGAGGACUGGCUGUGAGGCCACCUCUUAACUGUUGCAUGCUUGAGUUCACAUAACGCGUAGUGCUUCCCGGGCCACUUUCGGAAUAGUGCCUUCCCGCUUUUAUUUGCAGUUUUGGCGCUGCGGACUCUUGUCCCGCCUAGGCUCCAAUUGUUAGCAUCUUGGACACAUUCCCCAGCUGGCCCCAUUAUUUAUAUGCAUAUAUAUAUUUUUUUGCUUUCGUGCUUAGUAAGCUAAGCGUAACAACUGUUGUAUUUUGGAAUGGCACGGGAUACAUUUUUUUUAGCUCUGGGCGCGAAAUUUGCUUUUAGCGUUGUGCCGUUUUUAGCCUUGACGACGCAGUGAUUGCACUGUUCUUUGAAGUGGUUCCUAAUGCAAAGCAGCCUUACAAGCGUGACCAGUCCCAUGAAAAUGUUUGUCUCUCGUUCUGAGCAUUCAGAUGCAUGGAAUGUUUUACUCUCCUGACCAUCUGGAUGAAGAGUGGUAUUGUCAUGACGCAGUAGCCACUAUGUGCAGCCGUAUAGUAUGUUUGCAUCUGCAUGUAUUUGGAAAGAAUGAACUGCCACCUGUUUGUCCCCUA